AAACUAGUCUUUGCGAUGGAUCCCGGGCCGCCUUUGCGGUCGGUCUGAUUGUGCGUGGAAAGGUUUGUAUGCUUGACCGCGGAUGGCGAGGGAACUGAUCGGGCCGGCGCUGCCGCCUGGCUUCAAGGCCCGCGGGACAGCGGAGGACGAGGAGCGAGAGCCCAGCCCUGUUGCAGGACCAGCUCUGCCCCCUAAUUAUAAAAGCAGUAAUUCAGAGUCAUCAGACAGUGAUGAAGACAGUAGUUCUUUGUACGAAGAAGGAAAUCAAGAAUCUGAAGAUGAUGACCCUGGCCCAACUGCAAGGAAACAGAGGAGAAAUCAAGACGAUGAUGAUGAUGAAGGGUUUUUUGGACCAGCCCUUCCUCCUGGAUUUAAAAAGCAGGAUGAUUCUCCUCCAAGGCCUAUAAUAGGUCCUGCAUUACCACCUGGUUUUAUUAAAUCUGCACAGAAAAGUGACAAAGGCAGAGAUGAUCCAGGACAACAGGAAACAGGUAGCAGUGAAGAUGAGGACAUUGUUGGACCAAUGCCUGCAAAAGGACCAGUUAACUAUAGUGUAACAACAGAGUUUGAAAAAAGGGCCCAGCGAAUGAAAGAAAAACUGACUAAAGGAGAUGAUGAUUCAUCUAGACCAAUUACAAGGGAGUCAUGGAUGACUGAGCUUCCUCCGGAAAUGAAAGACUUUGGUCUUGGGCCCAGAACUUUCAAAAGAAGAGCUGAUGACAAACCUGGAGAUCGAUCAGUGUGGACAGAUACUCCAGCGGACAAAGAAAGGAAAGCUAAGGAAACACAAGAAGCAAGGAAGUCAUUAAAUAAGAAAGACGAAGAACAUAUAUUGUCAGGAAGGGAAAAGAGAUUGGCGGAGCAGGUAUCUUCAUACAAUGAAUCAAAAAGAUCAGAAUCUCUAAUGGACAUUCAUCAUAAAAAAUUAAAAAAUAAAGCUGCUGAAGAUAAAAAUAAGCCCCAAGAAAGAACACCAUUUGACCGUGAUAAGGAUCUCAAAGUUCAUCGGUUUGACGAAGCCCAGAAAAAAGCCCUGAUAAAGAAAUCUAGAGAACUAAACACCAGAUUUUCGCAUGGCAGAGGCAGUAUGUUUUUAUAAGGGCCUUUCCCUGUGCAGUGAAGAAAAGCUGAAGAAUAUUCUUACCUCUGUCUACCUUUAUUACCUUGCUUUGAGUUUCUUAAGAUUAGAGGUUACUUUGUUUAGUCUUAAAUACAAUACAAAUUUACCUUGUUCUGUGCGCCCUUUUAAGUCAUGUGGAAACUGAAAAUCAAUGUUUCUUAUGUAGACUAGGAUUUUAUGUGUCUCUGGCGCCUGAGGAAGGGCAGGCUUCCUGUGCGUCAGUGCGCCUUGCAGUCUGGCCUGCGCUCUGAAAGGGGGCCUGCUGGGAUCUCUGGGUCUCCUCGUGGGAUGUUCCUGCUCCGCCCUGGAGCAAGUGUGUCAGGUCCUUGCAGUAAAUCCAUGAAUUUGAAAUUGUUUCAGUCUAAACUGCAGCCAGUGAAUACACACUUAUUUGAAAAUAGAGGGUGUGGAAGUUUGUCUGUUUCCUUAGUUGAUUGCUUGUUACUUUGCUUGUUUAGGUAAUCAGGGCUUUUCAUUUGUUGUUUGGGUUUUCUGCUGUGUUUGUUUUUAAGUCAGAGAGGACCUCUGCCUUAUGUCAUGUGCUAAGGAAAAAUUAUUUUGACUUUUCCAAAUUUAGUAUUUCUAGGCAAGGAAAUCUGGGGGUCAAGAUAUACCGUCAACCAUUAGCAGCAUGAAAUCUUAAGACUCAGUCUCUGGUCUCAGCCAAAGCUUUCUAAGUCUUUAAACUUUGCUUUGGGAUGAUCUUACUUUACCCAUUUAUAUUUAACAGAUUUUAGCUUAUUUAUUGGAGACAGAUCAUUUAUAUCAAUCACGAAUAUCCUUUUUUAAAAAGUAAAUCUAAUAACCCCUGAAUAUGAAAUAUAAAUGUAUCAUAACCACCCUAAUGAGAGUAUUAUAAGUUUGCAGUGUUUUAAAUACUGCCUCUUAAAGUACUAACAGAAAAUUCUAAACAGUUAAAGCCUAAACUCAAAUUCUUUAAGUUUUAUUUUCUUACAGAUGAAUCCUAAUUAUUCUGCUAAUUCUGUGUUCUAGCUUUGAUGAAGCACAGGGUUUUAAUGGAAGAAGAUUCUGACUCCUAGUUCAUUUAGGCUUUAUGAAAAUGGAGUAAACUGUUUGGAUUAUGAUACAAAUUAUUCUCUUAAUCAUACUGUACAGUGGUAUUUUCUAUAACAUCAGUGUGAUCAGUCACCUGUUCAAAGAGUGUUGCUGUUAAAAAAGAUGAAUUAUUCUCCUAAGCAAACUGAAAAGGCUUCUGUCUAAGCACAAUUGAACAGAGCUGCCUUUUGACUAAAGAUGUCAUUGUUAGUGGGUGAUAUUUGCUGAACACAAAACUGUGCAAGAGCAUCUGUUGCUUUCAUUUAAUUUUGUUACAAUUUUUUCCCCAGUGAAAGAAAGAAAUGUGAUUUCUAGUUCCUCAUCCUGAUACUAAUUCCUAAUGUACAUUUUUGGGAAAUGGGAUUUUUUUUUUUUUUUAAGUAAAACUGUGUUCUUUGGAUACUUUUUCUGCUUUGCUUGCAUUUUUUUUCACUCUGUUAUCUUCUAUUACUUAAAAAUUCUGAAACAAACAUGUCAAAAUAUUAACAUUUUCCAAAUCAUGGUGGUGCAUAUAUCAGUAUACAGUAUCUUAUUCUCUGUGUUAUUUUUCGUGUUUGAACAUUUCUGUAAUAUUUGAAAACCAACUUGAGGGGUGGAGGCAAUAGCAGUAUGGCAACAGUGCCUUCUUUCAAGGGUCUCUGUAGCUAGAGAAUUGCUCCGAGGGCGUGUGAUUGCCGAAGUCUGUUGGGCUGGCGUUUUUAGGAGUCUGACCAGCUCAAUGUAAAAAACUUUUGUUUUGCUUUCUUCGUCUGAAGGGGAUAGAGAUAUUUCUACUUUACAUACUUAACUAUAUCAUCCUUCACCCUUGGAGUGUCCUUGACCUUAGGAAAAGGGAGAAAAUCCUCUUCCUUCUUCCUGAUACUUCCCAUGAUUUACCACCUUACUGCCACCUCAGGUCUAAUGCUCUUUCAUGCCAUCCUGAGGACAGUUUUAAUAAAAUAUGUAAGGCCACACCAGAGGUUUUUUUGGCCCCUGGAGAGACUAAACCCAAUAUAACAACAUUGACAAUUAAAAGAACAAAGUAGUUGUUUGCACAAAGUGGAAAGGUGUUCAUUUCAUUUAUCCUCCCCCCCAUACAAAGCCUCAAAAGGCCUAAUUAAAUGAUGUGUCCAUCAGUUUGCCAGAAAAUUGGAAUUAUUGAUGUUUUCUAAUAUGAACUUUUUAAUUUCGUACACUUCUUGGCCAAGUUUUAUAGAACUGUGACCUCUUUUGAAACUUCAAAAUGAAGAAGAAAAAAGAGCAACACUAAGUUCAAAAUAUGAAGCAGAUACUUUAAUGUUCUUUACUAUUGAAGGGACAUUUAAGUUGAUUGUACCUGAAAUUACAUCUUGUCCACCUUUCUAAAUUGUCAUCUCAGAUAGGUUUAGAUGCUUCAAAGAGUAACCAUGUUACUGGUAAGUAAAUGGUGGUUUUAACAAGUGGGGGAAAUUAAGAGGGGGGACAAAAGUUAAGCGAUAGUGGCUGUACCCAUAAUAACACUGUUUAAUCAGAUAAAUGACAUUUUUUUUGUAUUGAGGAAAGCAUCAUAAAUUAAGCCCUCUGCCUGCCAUGGUCUUAGUAAGUUUUUAACCUUGUUUAGAUAUAGUAAUCACUUAACAUUUAAUUUAUCACUUGAGCAGUCUUUGAACUGAUGAUUUUAUUUUUUAGAAGGUUAAAAUUUACAUGGUACUGAGGUUUACAUGUUCCUGAACAGAUUAUUGAUUAUUAUGUAAAUUAUUUGAUCCCUGAAUAUUACAGUACUUUUUGUUUCUAAUAUAAGGUGAAGAAUGUUAAUAUUACUACUCAGAAAUGUGUGAUCAUGGGAGAUAGUUUUUAAACUAUUUACAAGAGUCUUUAUCACUUCUCUUUUCACUUUUUUCCAUAGGAAUACUAGGUAUUGUUGGAAAAAGAUUCUCUGUUGAGUUAUAUACCCAAGAGGAAGAGGACUUAACAUGAUAAGCAGUGGUUAGAGUAGCCAUAUAACAUCAAUGCCAAAUCUUCUAUUUGAGAAUAUUUGUUUUACUUUGGCUUUUGAUGCCAUCACAAUAUUUAAGUCUGCAGUUAUGAAAAGUCAUGCAUUUCUGAUUAUAAAGAGGCAUUUUUCUUGCAGCGUAAAAAGUUGUUGAACUCUGGCUGUAGUGUGUACAGAAUCAUGGAACUGAAUGCUGCCCCUUUGAAUCUUUUCAUUCUGAGCUUUACAAUUAAAAGACUGUUUUUAGAAAAGAAUUCCUGAGGUGUAAUUUUUUAUGUAUAAAUAAAGUUUCAUCUAUCUAA